AUGAUGAGGCAUGCACUACUAGUAAUACAAGUAUCGCCAUGGUUGGCUCUGGUGCUGCUGAUACUAUCGGGGUUGAUGGCACGCGCUGAGUCGAAGGUGAUGGAUGCCUCUGACUUGGCCGUUGGAGAUUGGAGGGUCCGAAUCCGUUGUGCCAAGGGCUUUUACGACAACCUCCUGUUUCCGGACCAAGUGGUUGGCAUCGGCACCAGCCAUGAGGACGGCAGUCUCGAUAAGAAUAAAGACUAUCGCAAAUUAAUGCGCAUUGCCAAUUUUCCUUCCUUGCUGUCUCCACGACAACGAAAAUACGACUGCCAAUUGUCCGUCUUUUCCAAUGGGACCUUUGUGUUGAGACCCGAACACACAGUCUGCAAUCGCAUGUCGUUGCGUGGACGAUGGCAAGUCGAUGCCAAUCCCUACUGCAUCACAGACAGAUUCUAUGAUCAGUUAAAUCUAGAGUCAUGUCCUCGCGAUCUGGUUGCCGUACGAACCAAGCCAGCCAGAAUGACAACGAGGUUCUCACCAACAAAACGUCUCGUGGCGUGGAUCCAACAACACAGAAUCAACAACAAACACAACGAGAACAACAGCAACAACAACAGCAACAACAACCUGCAAAAAUUCCAGCGAAUGUCCUUCCAGAUAAAAUGCCGAGUUGCUGGACGUUAUGCCAAUCCAUUGAUUCGGCCAACGGGGAAACCAACCAAGGUCAAUGUGAGACUCACACAUGGAACCCUACUCUUGACACAACAAGAGCACGCGGCAAGCAAAACAGGGGCACACACAACGAAACAUGCCAUUGGGGCUUCGUUCAUGGGUAGACGAUUCGUACAACGGCGGGCCUUUCGGAGCUUGAUUCAAGAGGAAUAG